GCCACCGAGCGUGACGGACGUGUGCUUCAUGGGCUCCCAAGGAGCGGCUUUAGCGGCCCAGCCGGGUCGCGGUAUCAGGAGCACUGAAAUGCCUGCCCAGGAUUAUGAAAUGGUCGUCCCGCAUCUGCCAUCAGGUUCGAGUGUUUUGAACACAGUAUUUUUGCAUGGUGAUGUCACCGCCAGGCCAUAUCGCGUCGAGCAUUUUCGCGACGCCCUAGCGCGUCUGUCAUUGCUGCCGGAUGUGGUUGCCCUUGGGGCAUAUCAGAUGAACCACCUGUGGGCCGUUACUUUCAACAGCGAAGGAGCGAAGGCAAAGAUUCUGCAGGCCGAAGCUUUCAAUGUGAAAGACCACCGCUGCGCGGUAAUUGACCCAACCAACCGAGGCGUCAGGCUGAAGCUGUUUUGGCUGCUCCACGGUGUGCAAGACGACGACGUGCGAGUGGCAUUAGCAGCGUUCGGAAAAGUGACCGAAAUAACCCGCGAUAAAUGGAAGGUUAAAGGCUGCGUCGACGAGGCUUCAACAACACGGUCGGUUACACUGAAACUGAAAGCGGGUGUUACCAUCGAGGACUUGCCCCAUCAGUUGCGUGUUGGUGAGGACGUUGCUCUCGUUCAUGUUCCUGGUAGGGCUCCGCUCUACCUUCGGUGCCGUGGAAAAGGUCAUAUACGCCGUGAGUGUCGGGUGCCACGCUGCGGACUAUGCCGGCGUUUCGGCCACGAUGAGAGCCAGUGCGUGCGUAGCUACGCUAAUGUUACGUGCCAGGCGCGAAGUAAUGAAGCGGCCGAGCACAUCAUGGAUGAAGCAGACGCGGUCGAAGCAAACCGCGGAAGUGGGGGAGAUGAUGCUACGAAGGAGUCAACAUCCAAGGAAACCACACCCGCACCCCUUGCAGAUACCAGCCAAGCCGGUAAGGACCAAACCCAGCCGGCCGUCGCAUCAAAGCCAGCGUUCCUUCCGGAAAAAGCGGAUAGCGUGACUGCUGUAAGCCUGGUUACGGCUCGGCAGCACGGCGACAACCAGAAAGACGCCGAUACCGAGAUGCCCGCAGCGUCAAGUGUACCAGUGAAGCGGGCUCAUGAGGAUUCGGAUAAUCAGGAACCGAGAUUGGUCAGUGAACGCGGCGAGGAGCCUCCGCCGAAGGCACCUUCAACGCGCCGCGGACCGUUCAAGCCCAAACCGAAAUUGCCACCGGAACGCAGUACUGCGUCUGCUCUCCCUCCGCCUUAG